AUGUCCGGUAGUGGUGGGGAUGGUGGUGGUGGGGAUGGUGGUGGGGAUGGUGGUGGCGAUGGUGGUGGUGGGGAUGGUGAUGGUGGGGAUGGUGGUGGUGGGGAUGGUGGUGGUGGGGAGGGUGGUGGUGGCGAUGGUGGUGAUGGGGAUGGUGGUGGUGGGGAGGGUGGUGGUGGGGAGGGUGGUGGUGGGGAUGGUGGUGGGGAUGGUGGUGGUGGGGAGGGUGGUGGUGGAGAUGGUGGUGGUGGGGAGGGUGGUGGUGGGGAUGGUGGUGGGGAGGGUGGUGGUGGGGAUGGUGGUGGGGAUGGUGGUGGUGGUGGGGAUGGUGGCGGUGAGGGUGGUGGUGGGGAUGGCGGUGGUGGGGAGAGUGGUGGUGGUGAUGGUGGUGGUGGCGAUGGUGGUGGGGAUGGUGGUGGUGGGAUCGCUGGGGCCGGGGAGGGGGAGGAGGGUUGGGAGGAGGAGGGCGCGGAGGGGGUAACGGAGGAGAGGGAGGGGGGUAGGGAGGAGGUGAGGGAGGAGGUGAGGGAGGGGGAGAGGGAGGAAGAGAGGGAAGAGUUGGUGGAAGAGGUGCCAGAGCUGGCUCUUGUCAUGCGAAACAGAUGGGAAUGGGGGAGAAAGAAGGGAGUAUAG